UCCAAUGUUUCGGCGUCCGCGUAGCCACAAUCGAAGCACGAACAUCUCUUUAGUGUAAAUAGUACAAAGUGCAGUGCUGGUGUUGUGUAGAUUAGCCACAAAUUAGUAGUAAUUAUCGGCUUAGUAGAGGUGCAGGCGGAGUGGAACAUGGCAUAAGAGGAGGAGGAGGAGGAGAAAGGGCCCAGUGUUCUGUCGUGUAAGCGCUGCCUGAUUAAUCGUUAAUCAGAUAGCGUGGAAAGGAGCAGAUUGGAAAAAGGCUCUAUUCUGCGUUUCACUUACAUAUUCGCAAGAUGAAUAUGAGACCAUUGAAACGGCCCCGAUUGGGGCCACCGGAUGUGUAUCCGCAGGAGGCGAAGCAGCGGGAGGACGAGCUUACGUCGGUGCACGUAAAACAUGGCUUUGCAACGGAGCAUAAGCUGUCCGAGGAAUUCGGGACGGCUCGCAACUGUAACGUGUCGGCGAGUAAAGUUGGAGCAUACUUCAAUGCGAUACUGGCCAAGAAGGAAGAGCUCAUGACGCUACCGGAUUCGGGGCGGAAAAAACAGCAAAUCAACCCAAAGGACAACUUCUGGCCCGUCACAGCCCGCAACAAAUCUACGUUAGAUAUGUGGUUCAAGGAUCUGGCCGGUACGAAACCCCUGAGCAGCCUUGCCAAGAAGGCUCCAUCGUUCAACAAGAAGGAGGAGAUCUUCGCGAUGCUCUGCGAGAAUCAGGUCACCAUGCAACGGGCCGCUUGGUUCAUCAAGCUCAGCUCGGCCUACACGGUGGCGGUUUCCGAGGCAAAGAUCAAGAAACGACAAAUGCCCGAUCCAGCUACCGAGUGGACGGGUACGAUGAUCAAGUUUUUGAAAGAUCUCAUACCGAAGCUCCACGAACACUACCAUCACGGUCCUCUGCAGGAGAAAUCUUCCUCCGGCCUGGGUAGUACCAGUGGCGUUAGUUUGAACAAUAGUGGCGGAGCUAGCGCACUAGGAAUGAACAGUGCGUCGGGAGGAUCGAACCCAACAACCAUUCCACCACCGCUGUCGAGCCCGGCCGGAAGUAUGCACAGUCCGGCAGGUAGCAAUUCUGGGGCCGGUAGUGCGCUGCACUCCCAGCAACAGCAACAGCAGCAACUGCAACAGCCCCUUUCCCCUCAGGAAGAGCAACGGUUAGCUCAGAAACAGUGGAACUAUUCCACCCAGCUUUGCAAGUACAUGUACGAAGAGGGUCUGCUGGAUAAACAGGAGUUUCUCAAUUGGAUUAUCGAUCUGUUGGAGAAGAUGAAAUCUUCCCCGAAUGCCGACGACGGUCUGCUACGAAUCUAUUUGCCCCUGGCCAUGCAAUAUUUGCAUGAUUUCGUGCAAUCGGAGCGUUUUUGUCGUCGCCUAGCUUAUGCCGUCUCCAAGAAGCUUGCCCAGCUUAUCAAUCAAAUGGCUGAUAAUCACAACGUGAACCUUAAUGCCUCGGAACCGGACAGUGCUGGCGGUGCUAAGGUAUCCGCAGACGUAUCGGACACAAAGGAUGGAAAGAAUGAUAAAUCGACGAAUGGAGGAACAGUGACGGUGAAACCGAAUCCAUACGAAUUGAUUUUCACCGAGUACCUACAAUGUUCACAUCAUCGAGAUGUCGUUUUGCAGCUCUCUUGUAUUCUACAAACGAUUACGUUAGAAUGCCCAACAGCCUUAGUGUGGUGUGGCGUUGGAGAAACGCGUUCCUCAUCGGUGCUUUCUGGCAGUCCAUUGGAUCACCUACCUGUCGCACCAUCCGCCUUGCCUAUGCCAGAGCGUUACGCUGGAAAAUCGAACGAAGAUAUCCGCCGUCAGUUGUUUGAGGCAGAAGAAAGCAUCAAGAUCCGUUCCCGACACGCCGAAUCACGAUGGUGCAUCGAUAAAUGGCAAACGGCAGCUGGUAACGCGAGUCUCAAGAUUCUGGCAACUCUUGAUGCGCUCGAUGGCCACUGCUUCGAUCGGAUGGACUCGAACAAUUCGCUGGAUUCUUUGUAUCAAAAAAUAUUUCCACCGUUUCAAAUCCAACCAAUCAAACCGGCGUCCGAUGGUGCAGCUAUUUCCGGAAACCCCGGUUCGCUAGCUGGAGUUGCAGGAAUGGGUUCUGGUGCCAACGGUAUUGAUGGAAAGGACGCCGCUACUAAGCAACUCGAAUAUAACGUUGAACAAGAUGCUUCGAUUGUGAAGAUCUUGUGCGAGUGGGCUGUCUCGUGGCAACGCUGGGGCGAACAUCGAGCCAUGGUUGUCGCUUGGUUGCUCGAUAAACGACAAAACGAGGUUUUCACAGCGCUAGAGAAUGAAAGCUACAGCAAUAACAAUCUGAACAACUCGGACGAUAAGGACUCGGUGCUUUCGGGCAGUGGAUUGAAUGGCGGUCAACCAGUGUUUCAGCAUAUACUGAUGAACUUCCUCGAUCAUGAUGCUCCGGUACUGGAUGAUAACGGAGGCACUCAAUGCAAAUCGCAGUUCACCAACCUGGUGCACCUGUUUAGUGAACUUAUCCGCCACGACGU